GGGGGAUUAAUCAAGUCAUCAAAUGAACUUCUCCCCCACACCAUUCACACAUGAAAGACAACAAGGACAUCUCACUCACCCACCCUCCUAUUAUUUCGGCCCUAGCAUCAAUUAGGGAGGAAAGGAGUCUCAAAAACAUCAUCUCCACCAGCUCUACUCGAGCUAAGAACAAGGGGAAAGAAGGAAGCAAGAAGAGAGGAGGCUGCCAACCAGUUCGUACAAUUUCAACCCUCGAGAUUGUUCACUUCAUAUCUCACGCAUCUCUUAUCCAAUGAGCUCGAGUAAGGUGUCAUUAGAUAGGUAUUGAAGAGAGAUUUCAUACGAGGUGCUGCACUUAAGGAUACGAGGUGUUUACAGCUCAAAAAGGGCAGAUAAACACACGAGGUCUUUUACCAAGAUAUUCUAGACUUCUCGAAGAAUCUAGGAGUGGCCGGAAAAGUCGCCGGAGCCGCCGGAGUUUUCGCCGGAAAAUUCAAAAGUCGCCGGAGUUCGAACAAAGAAGAUAAAAGCUUGCUAGCGUCAUUUCAAGGUUGAAGCUAGAGCUUACUUCCUGCACCCGUUGCUCGGGAGAUCGAUGGAGAGAAGACGUGGAAUGGGUGGUAGCGAUAGGGCGGUUCGAGGAAAUCCGAGAGGGCGCGCACCAGGGAUAGCCGGGCAAGCCAAUCGGGGGAUAUCAAGGUCGCGUAAAAGGCGAGGUAUGGGCAAUCAAGGCCCACGAACACGAGCCACGAUGGCUGAUCACAAUGUGACUGAAUUCGAGUCGUGGAACUCGGAGGAUGAUUCAACUUAUCACCCUGAAAGCGAGUCAGAUGAAACUUCUUUUCAGGAAAACAGUGGAGAGGAUAUACAAAGUAUUCCUCCUGACCAUGUUAGUGAGAUGUACCGAUGGUACCAACGUGAAAGGGAAAGACAACGACAGAUAUCCCAGGUGGGACAUGUCAGAGACGAGACCUCUCGCAGGAGGGGUCGGGGUGCUCAUAGAGCACAGGUUAGGACAGUCAGAGAUUCUGAUGACGAAAGGCCAUUCAUUAAGAUCUCAAAGUACCUCAAAGAGGCUAGGGCCUUGGGGUGCAAACCGUUUGAUGGGACGGGGGAUAUCUCGGAAGCAGCCGAGUGGAUAAAAAGGUUAAAUGAUGCAGCCGAUGACAUGCAAGUGGUUCCUGAACGGAAGUUAAGGGUAGCCACUAGAUUGUUGGAAGGUUUAGCUUCUACUUGGUGGGAAGGCAUCAAGGGUAAGUUUGACGGGGUUGUCACGUGGGACAACUUCGAGCAAUCAUUCUAUGAACAGUUUUAUACCUCUUUCGAAGUUAAUCGAAAGAGGAGGGAAUAUACAAAUCUCAAACAGGGCAAUGAGUUUACGGUGAAGCAAUUGGAACAAAGGUUCCGACAUUUGGCAAGGUUCUUGCCUGAAUAUGCCGCCAAUGAGGAUCGAAUGGCGAAUCAUUUUUGGAAUGCACUGAAUUUGGAGGUACGCGAAAGGGCGACCUAUCAAUUCAACAUGACUUUUAGUCAAGUAGUAGCCCAGGGUCUCCAGGGGGAGGAGCUUUGGGAGGAAAGGCAAGCAAGGGGUGCUAAGGAAGCACAAGAAAGGGAUCAGAUGAUCAAUCAUCCUAUGCGACGAGAGAGGAAGUAUGACUUUCAAAGCGAGGGGGACUCUAGCAAGUUAGUUCCAUUUUCAAAAGGGAGCAAGGACUGGGUAAGUCAAAGCUCAAGCACUCGGGGCACGGGAGCACCCAAAUGUGAAAAUUGUAGGCGAAAGCACUACGGGAUAUGUCUAGAACCAUCUAGAUGCUACUUUUGUGGAGAAACGGGCCACAUAAAGGCUCUUUGUCCUCAACGUGUACGGGGAGAAGCCUUGGGGGCCCACAGGGGAGUCACGAAGGUUGCAAACCCAACAGGGAUUGCUUCAAAUGUUUUACCAUCCACCAAUCGGGGGAGAACUCGCUCGUGAAGGCGAUGAAUGACAGAAGCCAUUUGUGGGAAUGACUAUGACAUAAGGUCUUUUACCAAGAUAUUCUAGACUUCUCGAAGAAUCUAGGAGUGGCCGGAAAAGUCGCCGGAGCCGCCGGAGUUUUCGCCGGAAAAUUCAAAAGUCGCCGGAGUUCGAACAAAGAAGAUAAAAGCUUGUUAGCGUCAUUUCAAGGUUGAAGCUAGAGCUUACUUCCUGCACCCGUUGCUCGGGAGAUCGAUGGAGAGAAGACGUGGUUCGUGCUUCCUCUCGUUCCAUUUUUAAAUAAUUAAAUAAUGCUCAUGGAACUAUUUUGACUUAUAAAUUAAUGGAGCCUGCGAGCUCUUGUUUUACCCUUGUGUGGGUUCUUAUUAAAACACUUAUAUUCCGCUAUGUGUUUGAUUGUAUGUUGAUGUUGUUAUGUAUGUUUACUAAUCGGUUUUGGCAUAUGUAUCUAUCGGACGUCUUGUGCAAUUCGGUAAGGAUGAACUGCGGUUAUUCUUAUUGGGUUGUACGACGGUUGUCCACGUGGCACAGACGCGGUCUGGGGCGUGACAAUCUCCAUUAAAAGGAAUGAUAUACAUAUUAUCACUGAACACUCAGGUUUAUCCCUUUGACUUAAUAUAAAACUGUUAUAUCUCACUGUGAAGUUAUUUGUCAGGUGAUCACUCUUACAUGUUGUAUCAAAAUGUGCUUUUGACCAUAACUCUGGACCUAUCUCCAACAAAUAAUCCUUGAUGCCAACUGCUGCCUCAUCCAACUUCUGAAGACUUCUUUGAAAGUGAACCUUUUUAUAUGCUGAAGCAGUAGCCCAUGUCAGCUCUUUUAUGUGUUCCCCUUUCCACCACUUACUCAUAUUCUUGAAGAUGUGUCUAGAGCAGCUCCUAGGAUUGCAGCCUCCCAAAUGUGUCUGAAUACUUGUUAUAAUAGCUUGAGCCCUAUCAGAUGUGACAGUAAGUGGCAAAGGGUGUUUCUUCAGCUUCGGAGCUAUUGAUGCCAAAAAUUUGUCUCAGUUCUCACCAUCUUCUUUUCUACAAAUGAAGACUGCUAGAGGAAACAGUCCAUUAUUCCCAUCCAUGCUAAUAACUGUUAGACACACUCCUCUGUAUUGUCCUUUUAGAAAGCAACCAUCCAACACUACCAGUGGCCUGCAGACAGUUCUCCACCCUUUCAAGCUACACGUAAAAGCAACACAUAAAUACUGAAAUUUAUUGUCAGAGUCAUAUUUGCACUCAACCAAACUACCAGGAUUAGAAGCUAGAAUCUGUCUGCACAAUUCAGGAACUUGAGUAUAACUUUUCUCAUAAUUGCCAUGGAGCUCUUCAAGUGCCAUUAGCCUCGCAUUCCAUGCUUGUCAGUAACCAAUGUUUAAAGCCCACCUAUUCCAAGCUAUAACAAUGAUAUCUUGGGGUGUGUAACUGUUGUGGUGCAGCCUCAUGUCCUCAGCCAGCAUAACAACAAUCCAUCUAGCAUUUGCCCCUCUAUUCUUGUUCCUGCCAUCAUUUUCACAAGUAUGUUCUUCUUGGAGAGACUUCACUUCAGUUGUGUGCCCAUCAUUUUUCUAGGGAAAAGGGGCAAAUAAGACCACGUACUAACCAAAAAAAGGUCAAAUAAGGCCUUAUUUAUGAGGCUCUGUCCGGCCUUUGCCAUUUGGGGUGGUUCUCGGUGGAUUUUUUUGAUAAAGUUUUUGCCCAUCUUAUUCAUUAAGUCUA